GUCCCCCGAUCCCUGAUCCCGAUCCCAGGGGCUCCGUGGUGUUUGUGUUUAUUGUGUCAGGUGGUGCUGAGAUGGGCAAGACCGACGACAAAGCCUGAAAUCAACGUUAGGGACUCGAUCGGGCAAUAAUUUCGAGGUGAUGCUGAAACCCGCAGCGCUCGGAAAAUGUUGUACACCGGGAAAAUUGCUCUCUUCGCUAGCUGUCAUAUUGCUGUGGAGUGGAGGCAUCACCGUCCGAGGUGAUCCAAGCUCAAUAACUUUAUCUUUGGACUUCUACAAUCCCAACAAUCAAAGCCAAUGGAGCAUACAUACUCUCGAACCCUCAGCAACAGUAGCAAUUUCUAUUGCCCCAGCUCCAGCAGACGUUCGCUUUUAUACAUUCCAAGCACAUGCCCACUUACAUAACAUUUCUCUAUCGUACAAUAGUACUCUGAUACCUCAUAAUUAUGUCAAUGGAACAAAUACAGGGCUUGUAUGGAUGUCGAAUAAAGGAAAAGGUACUUUCUAUGUGAUGAAUCCAAACCCAGAAAAUGUGACAGUAAUGUAUGCAAUUGUUGCGUAUGGGGCCUAUUCUCCUAUUCCUGGUGGAUGCAACAUGGAAUUUGAAGUUGAGAUUGCUCCAUUCUUGAAGGUUUCCUACAGUGAUGCUAUGGUAGAAGUGACUGCCCAGCCUGCAGUACUUCCUGGUCGAUCCUGUGCGCUAGACAUGGUUUCUUAUGAUGUGUACCGCUUGUACAUACCAGAAAAAGAUUUCAGUCCAGAAGCAUACUUUUUAUCAAUCCAAAGUAUGUUGACUCCAAAUGACAUAAUAUCUAAUGGCUCUCUGUCUCCAGUUCCUACUUAUGGAUCAAUAAUGAGAAGACUCUACAGUUUAUAUGCUGGUACUGGAUCAGUUUAUGUGGUCCUCGCACGCUCUCUUUCUGGAUCAUCAGCAUAUGUCCCGGCUGUUACAUAUGGCUGUAGUGCUAUAUAUUUCACUGACUCCUGCUCUGUUUUAAGUACUACAUUUUCAAAGGUUCUCUGUGCCACAGUCCUAUUUCUAGGUCUCUUCACAUGUUUUUAUGGUUACAUGUUUUUUAGAACUGUUUUGUUCCUGGCUGGAUUUAUGUUGGGAAGUCUUGUAGCCUAUAUUGGACUCUCGCAAUUGGCAACACUUCCAUUUGGAUCAAGUGUCACACUGUCCUGUGUGGUGGGUAUAGGCGCUGGGGCAAGCUUCUUGUUUUUCUGGUGGAUGAGCGGUAUCCCUGUGAUGGCGAUCAUCUGGCUGGUAACACCAAUGGGAUUCCUGGCGGCCUCCCUCGCUUUCUUUGUUGGACUUGGGGAUAUGCAGUUUGCCCAGAUGGACCUCGACUUCUGGCUGACGUUCGUCCUGGUGGUGCUGAGCCUGCUGGCGCUCAUGCUGCCGCUGCAGCAGAACGCGUGCAUCGCGUCCUGCGCCGUGGUGGGCGCGUACGCGUUCGUCGUGCCCGUCGACCACUACCUGGGCGCCAACCUCAAGUACAUCGUCAUCAACACCCUGCGGCGCGCCUCCGUCCCGGGCUUCUCGCUCGCCGUCAUCCAGCCGCCUUUCGAGACCACAGACGGCCUGCUGGCGCUGCUGUGGUUCCUCAUGGCGGUCAUCGGGACGCGCGUGCAGCAGAUCCGGCAGGCGAACCGCUCGCCCUUCCCGCCCUCGUCGCGCGGGCCGCCGCCCCUGGCGCUGCCCCGGCCCCACGAAGGCGCCAGGACGACGGCGAGGACGCCGCUGCGCGUCACCUCGCGCAUCCCCUACAGCUACGGCUCGGUCGGCGACGACGACGUGUUCGAGACGCCGCCGCCGCCGCCUGGCUCGGCACCGCCCGGCUCUUCCCUGCGCCGCUCCGUCUCGGACUGGUUCAGCACCCGGCUGCGUGCCCGCUGAGCCUGCCUUGCUGAGCAUCUCCUCCCUCCCGACCCGGGGAUGAGGAGGAGGCCGUCAUCUGUGAUAGACACUUUGUCUCUACUGCCGCCCAACCAGGCCUAGUGUAUGUCUGCGGAUGCGACUGAACUGUUUUAUCUGGGGCCCAUCAUUGCUCAAAAUCAAUGCAAAUAUUUUUGUACUUUUAUUUUUGUACCAAUUAUUUUUUUCAAUUGUAAGUUUUACACAUUUUAGUGAUGUUUUUAAAUGUGAUAGGAGUGUGGGAAAAAAAAACAGUGGUCCUUCAUAACUUACCUAGUGCUUUUAUUUUCUAUUGACCCUCUAGUCUUUUGUGUAACGUAAAAUGGAGAAACAUGGCGUAAAUUUAUUAUGAAACAGAAUGAUUUUUGAUUGGUGCAAGAAAAUCUCUGCUAGAAACGUGUGUUACUUUGCUCUAUAGACUUCUGCAUGUAACUGAAAUUACUGUCAAAACUCAGACUGAUUUUACAUUUUGUACGGAAUUUUUACCAGCUUACUUUAGUAGAGUAGGUAAUUUAUAAUUUGUGAUCUUCCAUAAGCUCUGUGUCGAUUACAGUUUACAAAACUGGAUUUUGUGGUUGCAGGUAUAUAUUUGCGCUCCAUUUAUUUAAACUGUAAUCAAUGGGGUGAAUAAAACAACUUACCGUUCCAUUUAAUAAAUCCAUGAAGAAUCAUGAA